GGGUGAGUGAAUUUAUAAGUCGGUGUGGGGUUCGUUGCCUGGGAGUGAAGUGGUUCGGCUUGUGAACGGUAAGCUGUCAACUGCUCUAGUUGAAUUUGCUUUGGACAACAUUUUGAAGCAGAUCUGAUAUGCCACUUGAAUUAAUAAAAGAAGUCAAUGGAGUGCCUGAAGUUGAGCUGCUAAGUGAAUUAAACAAAGUAGAUUUCAGUUCUCUACAGCCAGGUUGUGAUUAUAGCAAGAAAUAUAUCCAGGGAAAACUCUCACUUAUUUCUUCUUUAACUUAUGGUGGAAACAGAACAGCUGUUUUGAAGAUUGCCCUACAAGAACAAGAAAAUUCAAAUUCGGAGAUCAACACCAUCAAUGUAUUAUUUUUUGGAAAAUUAGCAAAGGACUGUGCAAAAGUUUUCUAUGAAGGGGAUACCAUUGCAGUAGCUGGAUUUACUGUCUUGUCAGCAUCUUCAUCUACAAGCAGAGAUGGUAAACAUUGCUUAUUUUUGAAAGCAUUUGAGGACUUCAGAUCAACUGUUUAUGUUUAUGUUAAAUCUGUAAGGGAUUUUUCUGCAGAAUCCAUGUCUUUGGUUCCAGCAACACAUUAUAUAUAUACACCCCUGAAUCAACUUAAGGGUGGUACAAUUGUCAAUGUCUAUGGUGUUGUGAAGUUCUUUAAACCUCCAUAUCUAAGCAAAGGAACCGAUUAUUGCUCAGUUGUAACAAUUGUGGACCAGACAAAUGUAAAGUUAACCUGCCUGCUCUUUAGUGGAAAUUAUGAAGCACUUCCAAUAAUUUAUAAAAAUGGAGAUAUUGUUCGCUUUCAUAGGCUGAAGAUCCAAGUAUAUAAAAAGGAGACUCAGGGUAUCACCAGCUCUGGCUUUUCAUCUUUGACAUUUGAGGGAACUUUGGGAGCUCCUAUCAUACCUCGUACCUCAAGCAAGUAUUUUAACUUCACUGCCGAGGACCACAAAAUGGUAGAAGCUUUACGUGUUUGGGCAUCUACUCAUAUUUCACCUUCUUCGACAUUAGUAAAAUUGUGUGAUGUUCAACCACUGCAGUAUUUUGACCUGACUUGUCAGCUCUUGGGCAAAGCAGAAGUGGAUGGAGCAUCAUAUCUUCUAAAGGUAUGGGAUGGCACCAGGACCCCAUUCCCAUCUUGGAGAGUAUUAAUACAAGACCUUGUACUUGAAGGAGAUUUAAGUCAUAUCCAUCGGCUGCAGAAUCUGACAGUAGACAUUUUAGUCUAUGAUAAUCAUGUUCAAGUGGCAAAGUCUCUGAAGGUUGGAAGCUUUCUUAGAAUUUAUAGCCUCCAUACGAAACUUCAGUCAGUGAAUUCGGAGAACCAGGCAACAUUGUUAGCUCUAGAGUUUCAUCUCCAUGGGGGUACCAGUUACGGCCGGGGAAUCAGAGUCUUGCCAGAAAGUAACUCUGAUGUGGAUCAACUGAAAAAGGUUUUAGAAUCUGCCGAUUUGACAGCCAAUCAGUGUUUUGAUGGUAUAUAUCAUUCAGAUCAUGAGGACAGCUUUCGGACUCUUUCAAGCUCUGGAUCAGUAUCACUAUAUGAGGUAGAAAGAUGUCAGCAACUAUCAGCUACAAUACUUACAGAUCAUCAGUAUUUGGAAAAAACCCCAAUAUGUGCUAUUUUGAAACAAAAAGCUCCUCAACAGUAUCGUAUUCGAGCAAAAUUAAGGUCAUUUAAGCCCAGAAUACUCUUUCAGUCUGUUAAACUUCAUUGUCCCAAAUGUCAUGCACUGCAAGAAGUUCCACAUGAGGGUGAUUUGGAUACAAUUUUACAAGAGGGUGCAAGUAAAACCCCAGAUAUCAAACUACAAAAUACAUCAUUAUAUGAUUCGAAAAUGUGGACCACUACAGAUCAAGGAGAACGAAAAGUUGCUGUUCAUUUUGUAAAAAAUAAUGGUAUUCUUCCACUUUCAAAUGACUGUCUGAUUUUGAUAGAAGGAGGUACACUCGGUGAAAUCUACAAACUCGCAAACAAGUUUCAUAGUGUAAUUCCUGUGAGAUCUGGCCAUGAAGACUUGGAAGUCCUUAAUCUUUCAGCACCAUUCCUUAUACAAGGAAAAAUACAUCACUAUGGAUGUAAACAGUGUUCUACUUUGAGACCAAUAAAAACUCUAAAUUCCCUGGUUGAUAAAACACCAUGGAUUCCUUCUUCUGUGGCAGAAGUACUGGGUAUUGUACCCCUUCAACAUGUGUUUGUAAUGACAUUUACUCUUGAUGAUGGAACAGGAGUAUUGGAAGCUUAUCUCAUGGAUUCUGACAAAUUCUUCCAGAUCCCGGCAUCAGAAGUCCUAAUCAAUGAUGGACUUCAGCAGAGUAUGGAUAUGAUCUUGGAUAUGUUUUGUCCUUCGGGAAUAAAAAUUGAUGCAUAUCCGUGGUUGGAAUGCUUCAUCAAGUCGUAUAAUGUCACAAGUGGAACGGAGCAGCAAAUUUGCUAUCAGAUUUUUGACACCACAGUUGCAGAAGAUGUAAUCUAAUAUUGUCAUUCAGCUUAGCAUAUGUAAAAUACUAUAAUUUUAGAAAACAUUAUUUUCUGUGCGAAGAUUCUUAUAAAAGAUGUAAAAGGUUUAACAGUAUAGUUUAUCUUCCAUUUUAACGACAGUGUAAAUUUUUUUUCAUAAAUAGCAUUGUGUUAUCUUAGUGCCUUCUUGUGAAUAAGUUAAAAAUGUUCCUUUUGCUCAAAAUUUCCAGUAUGGUGGCUGCUAGGGCCAUAAAGGAGAAAGGGGAAUAAAGAAAGACUGUCUUCAUUUACCCCUUGCAGCCCUUUCGGAGAACGUGUUCUGGUACCUUGCACUAAAAAUCACUUUCCUUGUUGGUUUUUCCGUGUGUCAGCCACUAAUUUGUCUGCCCACCACCAUCUGUGCUUGGAUUUCUUUUCCUGCCAUGGUUUUUAUAUCAGCAUUGUUAAUGAUUUUAGCAUGGGUAUGGGGCUAGAAAACGUCCUUAUGUUGGCUCACUCAGCUUUCACUGAGUGCGAAGUGUGUAAUGGCUAGCGGUUUGGUUUUGCACAAAGGGAUCUGCUUAAACAAGUAGUCUUGAGAAGUGCUCUUCUGAGUGAGCUACAGCGUACUUAACAGGAGUGGUUUACUUUAGGUGUAUGUGGCAGAGUUGCUGUCUUUUGGUGCUAUAGACCAAUUUAGGAUAAAUCCAUUUUCUAAGACCUGAAUUGUAUGCUUUUGAUUGCUUGUUUCUCUACAUGAUAUUAGAAGUUACUGCAUUCCACCUUGAUCUGAUAAAGCAGUCAGGUUUAUUACAAUGUUACUGACUUACAUUACCCUUUUUUAAUAGUCUUACAUAAUAUAUAUUUCAGACUGAACGUGGAAUGAGAUAUUAACUCAAUACAGUAGUCCACUUUUUAUCUGACAGUGUUUGCAAAAUUUAAAAUCAUGAAUAUUCAGUUUUAUACAAAUACUUCUAUAUAUUUGUAUAUAUGUAUAGACGUAUGUAUAUUAUUUGGUAAAGACUAAGACAUACACAUAUGCCUAGUUCAGUAUUAGUGAAGAAUAAAUUAAUGUACAUAUUUCACCUGUUUUCUUUAUUUGCCCUGUGUUGAGUUGAGGCGUGAUUGGAGGCAAAGAAUCAAAGUAGGAAUGCCAAUAUAGCAGAUAUUUAAGACCGUCUAUACAAUAGGAACCGUGCAAAGCAUUUAACAUAUAUUUGAGUUUCGCAACAACCGUUUUCCUGAUAAAACUGAGGCUUGGUGGGCUGACUUCACUAAGUUCACAUGGUUACUAAGUGCUAGUCAGUAUGCGCAUUCCGGUAAUCUUUGUUCAGAGGCUGCACUGCCAACCACGCCAGGAUUCUGGGGCAACAAGCUAGCAUGGGGUUUUCUGCAAAUGAGUCCUCCCUUAAGUAUUUGAAGUAACACUGGAAACAGAUUAUGAGAGGAGUCAGUGUUAUGUUUUCUUACAUUCUCAAAAGGCUUUUAACAUUUUAUUAGCAAAAAAGGUUCAAAUAUUUGAUUUCCUCUGCUCAUAAUAAUUCCAAAUUCUA